UUUCGCUUUCUUUUGGUUGUACUGCUGAUUGAAUGAACUGCUGUUCCAAGCUUUUCCUUUUAGAAGAGUUGCAUGGCAACAAUGUCAGAAAUGGAGGCAGUGCGACUAUGCAGGCGAACAAAGUUAUGAUCGAAGAUCCCUGGUUGCAUGAAACUGCAUUACCUAGUUGUUUGGAAGGUGUAACAAGAGAAGACGUGGAGAUUGUUCUUCUUGGAACUGGUUCAUCUCAGCCUUCAAAAUAUCGGAAUGUUAGUUCUAUUUUUGUCAAUCUUUUCUCAAAGGGAAGUAUUCUGUUAGAUUGUGGUGAAGGAACAUUGGGACAGCUCAAAAGAAGAUUUGGCAUUGAAGGUGCUGAUGAAGCCGUAAAAGAUUUAAGGUGUAUUUGGAUUUCUCAUAUUCAUGCUGAUCAUCAUACUGGUCUUGCAAGAAUACUUGCUCUCCGACGCGAUUUGCUCAAUGAAACUCCUCAUGAACCUUUAAUUGUUGUGGGCCCAAGGCAGCUUAAGAGAUUCCUCGAUGCAUACCAAAAACUCGAGGAUCUGGAUAUGCAGUUCCUUGAUUGUAGGCAUACUACAGAAGCUUCAUUAAAGACUUUCGAGUCAAAUGAAGAUAAGGAUGUGAGUGAGAGUGCAUGUGUACCAAGUGACCAAAAGAAUGGUUCUACCUUAUUUGCUAAAGGGAGCCGUAUGGAGAGUUAUUGGAAGAGGCCAGGCAGUCCGGUUGAUUCAGCGGCUGUAUUCCCAUUGCUGAAGACAUUAAAGGAAAUUCUCAGAGACGCAGGAUUGGAGGCAUUGAUUAGCUUUCCUGUUAUUCAUUGUCCACAAGCAUAUGGCGCUGUCUUGAAGGCUGCUGAUAGGACUAAUAGCACUGGGAAGAAGAUACCAGGAUGGAAAAUUGUAUACUCUGGCGACACUAGGCCGUGUCCAGAACUAGUUGAAGCUUCGCGUGGUGCAACGGUUCUCAUACACGAGGC